UUUUAACUUUGCAGAUUAGAUUCCCUAACUUCUGAGCUUUUCUGAUGGAUUUGAAUGCAAAAUCUCCCUCUUCACAGUGGGAAUGGGAUCACCUACCAUUACCGGAUACAAAAGCUACUGAAAAUAAAAAAUUACAACCACCAAACUGGAGUAUCAAAUUAGACCGAGAAAAUAAUGUCUGGUUGUUCGAUACGCCAACUGGAAGUGGUUAUUCUGGCUCUGAGCUAAUUCCUGGUUCUACAUCAGGGAGUUCGAAAUCAGAUUCAAUCAGUUCAUCACCAACUAGGGAUAUUAGCAAAACCUGUAAAUUUGCAUUUGAAAGUUCCCAUGAUGAUUCCAAUGGUAAAAUUGAAUUACCUAAAGAAGGGCCUAUUGAAGCUUCUAAUGCACCAAUGCUUUCUUGUGUAUCUAGUGAACCAUUGCUCAAUCUAAAACUCGGUAAAAGGAUGAAAUUUGAGGACGUGUCAUCUUUAGUGUUUGGAAGGAAAUGUAAGUCCAAUGAUCAGAACUUACAAUGUCCGCCUCUCUGCCAGGUUGAAGGUUGUGGCCUUGACCUUUCAUCGGCAAAACAUUAUUAUCGCAAACGAAGAGUUUGUGUAGAUCAUUCCAAAUCUCCUAUGGUAGUUAUAGAUGGUUUGGAACGUCGAUUUUGCCAGCAAUGUAGCAGGUUCCAUGAUCUGUUUGAGUUUGAUGGAAAGAAGAAAAGCUGCAGACGACGUCUUUCACAACACAAUGCAAGGCGCCGUAAUCAUUCUCGUAAAACUGCCCAAUCAAGUCAAUCAGCUUUGUCUUCGUCACCCUGUGAUGGGAAGCAACAGAUGAAUCCAUUUGCCUAUUCAAAGACUGCUAUAAAUUUAGCCUUGCAAAACAUACAAAACAGCGAGUUCCCCCGAAUAAAAGAUUUUCCCUUGAAGUAUGCAAAAGUCAACAUUGGCACACCAAGUUUUGUCACUAUGCUAUCUGAUGAUUCCGAUGUCCAUUUUACAUCUAAAGUCCUUGAAACCAAGAGUAUCAAUGCAGGUCAUUUCACGUCUUACUUUAUAAUUGAGCCUCGUGAUAUUGUACCAAGUUUAGAUUGUUACAUUUAUCAUGUUACCAUAAUCUAUUUAUUUUGGCUUUAUUGAUUGCUAAUACGAUGGAAUUAUUGCA